CCCAUUACUCUAUUUUGGAGUUGAACUACUUCAUACAACGGAGAGAUACAAUGGGUAGACUUGGAUUAUCUUCUCUUCAAAAAGUAACGGCGGUGUUCCGGAUGCUAGCUUAUGGUCUUUCUGCUGAUGCCACAGACGAAUACGUCAAGAUAGGCGAAUCAACGGCAAUUGAAAGUAUGAAAAGAUUUUGUCGAGCCAUCAUCAAUAUAUUUUCGGAAAAAUACCUACGGUCACCAACGUCUAGUGAUAUUGCCAGACUUUUUUAUAUUGGUGAAAAACGAGGAUUUCCUGGAAUGCUUGGCAGUUUAGAUUGCAUGCACUGGAAGUGGAAGAAUUGUCCUACCGGUUGGGCGGGACAAUAUGCGGGUCGUAGUGGAUCACCAACUAUAAUUCUUGAAGCUGUCGCAGAUUAUGAUCUUUGGAUAUGGCAUGCAUAUUUCGGAAUGCCAGGCACUAAUAACGAUAUCAACGUGUUGGACUCUUCUCAUCUUUUUUCCAAUCUUGCUCAAGGUAUUGCUCCUCCUGCUCAUUAUUUUAUUCAAGACAAAGAAUAUUAUAUGGAUUACUAUUUAGCGGAUGGUAUUUAUCCAAAAUGGUCGACCAUAGUAGAAACUAUUCAAGAGCCAAGGAGUCCUAAAAACAAAUAUUUUGCAACGCAACAAGAAGCAUGCAGGAAAGAUGUUGAACGUGCAUUUGGAGUUCUACAGUCGCGCUUUGCUAUUGUCAAAGGACCUGUUCGUUUUUGGAAAAAAAAUGUGUUACAUGACAUUAUGACUACAUGUAUAAUUUUACAUAACAUGAUAAUUGAAGAUGAGCGUGAACUUGAUGCACCAAUUGAAUUUGGAAGAGAAGCUCCACCUCCAGAUAUUGAAAUUGCAGAAGAUGAAAAUGUCCGAUUUCAAAAUUUUCUUGCUCGAUUUAGGAAUAUCAAAAAUAAAGAAGCUCAUUUUUCAUUACGAAAUGCAUUAAUUGAUCAUUUGUGGGAAAAAUAUUCUAAUGCUCAUUGUUGAACCUAUAUAUAUGUUGUCUUUUUUAAUGAUUUCUUGUACUUUUUAAAAAUAAAUAUUUAAUUCAAAUAAUUUAUAUUUUAAUUAUUAUCGUAAACAUAAAAUAAUUGGGGUUAAUUGGUAAAUUUUUAUAAGUAUAAGAUUUUAUUUAUAAUUAUUAAUAAAAUAAAAAUGAAAUUAUUUAAGAAAUAUUUUUUUUGGAGUAGAAAAUGGAGUAAUACAUUGGAGUAAAACCUUACUCCAUUUUGGUGUUGUACCAUUUUGGAGUAAAAAAAUGGGGUAAUACAUUGGAGAUGCUCUUACACAUUGGGAUAUAGAGAUUUGAAAAUAGUAUUUUUAUUUUAAGAUAUCGUUAUGUUUUGGCUUUCAGUCUAUUGUCUAAUUUGCUUUGUCCACUAUUUUUAAAUUCUAAAACGUUUAAAAUUUAUAUCAUUAGUCCUUUCUAUCUCUUCAUCUAAUGUCUCUAUCAUUAAUCCACUGGGUUUGUGUUUUGUUACGGUCAAUUCCUUGUUUAUAUUGCUAAAAAAAAGUCCUCUUUAACCAAAAAUAAAGAACCUUUUUAGUUUUACACCAUUCAUCAAUUGUUUUUAAAAUGCGAAAAUUGCAUGUUAAUUUCUCCUUUGUCGAAAAUCGUUGGAUGGAUUCCGAAAUGUUUUUUCAUAUAGUUCUUGUUUAUUAUAAUUGUACAUGGUUAUUUGUUUAGUCGCUAGAAGUAUAACUAACCACAUAUUGGAUAUUCGAAAUUGAAGAUGUCAGGAGUUUUAUGAAAACAAAGUUACUCGAACCCAACCCGAAGUACAAAGAUACCCGAACGAGUUUUACACUUUUAUAGCAAAAUAUCUGAAACUCCAAAAUAUCCGAUCCGAACCCGAAUGGGUACCAACGCCCACCCCUGGAAAUGAGGUAAACCCCAAGAGGAAUAAACAUAUCUAAUAAAUGGGUUCGAAUCAGGCUCAUUAGCUGUGUGCUGCUAUCUAAUGUUCCUUUUUCAAGAAAUAUCUAUAUUAUUAAAAGAGAAGUACAAAAUAGAAAUACCCCUUAGUUUUACCAUUUAUUUACAUUAUAAUGCCAUUGAGAUAUUUAUUGAAUCUAUAUUUAAGCAUAUUUGUUUUUUUCUAAUUUAAAUAAUAGAUUUAAACAUUUAAUGUCUUUCCAAAAUUUAAAUAAUAGAUUUUCUUUAUCAAAUCAUAACCAAAAUAAGUUUCCUGAUAUAUUUCGUAUUAACAUAUUCAAUAUUUUUAAUAUUUAUAAGUAAUAAAUAAUAAAAUAAUAAAAUCACACAUCAUAAUCAAUUUAUAUAACAUAUAAAUAAAAUAUAAAAUAGUUUAUUCAU